AUGGCCUCCGGAGCGGAGCGCCGCGCCUUCGCGCAGAAGAUCAAUCGGACUGUGGCCGCGGAGGUUCGCAAGCAGCUGUUCUCCCAGUAUGGUGGCUCAGCGCACCUGUCCAAGCCUCUCCCGGGUGGCGGGGCCCCUCAGACGAUCCCGCUCACGGAGGUGGUGGAGCCCGUGGACUUUGAGGACUACCUGAUGACGCACCCUCCGCCGGGCGACUCUGAUGCGCUGCGCGAACUCUUCGAGUUUCCCGGCGACGACGUGGAGGUCACGUUCGUGCCGCGCGAGUGCCGCACGCUGCAGCCCUCCGUGCCUGAGGAUGCGGAGGUGGACCCACAGGUGCGAGACUGUGUACGAUCGUACACGGACAACUGGGCUAUCGUCAACCGAAAGUACCACAAGCACGGCACGGGCUUCAACCCCAACCAUGUGGAGCGGCAGAAGGAGCGGCAGAAAGGUCUGCCGAGGCAGGUGUUCGAGUCGGACGAAAGCCAGAGCGACCGUAGCAGCAUGCCGGAUGAACCGGAGGACACGCGGCGGUGCUCGGUGUCGGCCAACUCGCUGGAGGACACUCCGCGCGGGAGCUGGGCCUCCAGCAUCUUCGACCUGAAGAACUCGCAGCCGGACUCGCGCCUGCCUGGGCUGCUGGAGCGCACACCGCUCGACCAGCUCGACCGUGGCAACGGCGAGCUGCGCAAGGCCUCCCGGCAGCGCGAACUCUUCGUGCUCUACCCGGCCGCGGACGAGGAUGAGAUCAUGGAGAGGAGGACUGUACCAGAGGUGCCCAAGGAACACUUUGGUCAGCGGCUGCUGGUCAAGUGUUUAUCGCUCAAGUUUGAGAUCGAGAUCGAGCCCGUAUUUGCGUCGCUGGCGCUGUACGACGUGAAAGAAAAGAAGAAGAUAUCGGAGAACUUCUACUUUGACCUCAAUACGGACCAACUCAAGGCCAUGCUGCGUCCACACGUGCCCAACACGUCCAUCUCUUCGCUGGCGCGCUCUGCCAUCUUCUCCGUCACCUACCCGUCGCAGGACGUCUUCCUCGUCAUCAAGCUGGAGAAGGUCCUUCAGCAGGGAGACAUUGGGGAGUGCGCAGACCCUUACAUGGUGAUGAAGGAGGCAGACACGGCCAAGAACAAGGAGAAGUUGGAAAAGUUGCGCUCUGGCGCCGAGUUAUUCUGCCAGCGCCUGGGAAAGUACCGCAUGCCGUUUGCGUGGACGGCCAUCCACCUCAUGAACAUAGUGAACAGCGCCGGCAGUCUGGAGCGCGAAGCGGCUGACCCCGACAACCCCAUCCUCGAGCGCAAGCUCUCCAGCUGGGCCGAGCGGCGCAACUCCAACGCGUCGGGCAAGCGGUCCCUGGAGCGCGUGGCAAGCGGCGGCGACGAGCCGUGCAGCCUCGCCAAUUUCCGCCCAGCCACCCUCACCGUCACCAACUUCUUCAAGCAGGAGGGAGACCGGCUGAGCGACGAAGACCUCUUCAAGUUCCUGGCUGACAUGAGGAGGCCGUCGUCCGUGCUGCGCCGCCUGCGGCCCAUCACAGCCCAGCUGAAGAUCGACAUCUCUCCAUCACCGGAGAAUGCCCCGUACUGCCUGACUCCCGAGCUGCUGCAGGUGAAGCCGUACCCGGACAUCCGCGUGAGGCCCACACGCGAGAUCCUGGAGUUCCCGGCGCGGGAAGUCUACGACCCCUACACAAGCUACAGGAACCUGCUGCACAUCUACCCACAGAGCCUCAACUUCGCCAACCGCCAGGGCUCGGCACGGAACAUCGCCGUUAAAGUGCAGUUCAUGUCCGGGGAAGAUCCCAGCAAUGCUAUGCCGGUGAUCUUUGGGAAAUCAAGUUGCCCAGAGUUUCUGCGGGAGUCGUACACGUCCGUGGUCUACCAUAACAAGUCCCCAGAUUUCUACGAGGAGAUUAAGGUGAAGCUGCCGGCCCACCUUACCGACUACCACCACAUCCUCUUCACCUUCUUCCACAUCAGCUGUCAGCAGAAGCAGAACACCCCUCUGGAGACACCCGUGGGAUACACGUGGAUCCCCCUGCUGCAGAAUGGACGGCUACGCACGGGCCAGUUCUGCCUGCCGGUCUCGCUGGAGAAGCCUCCUCCCAGCUACUCGGUCCUCUCGCCCGACGUACAGCUGCCUGGCAUGAAGUGGGUGGACGGACACAAGGGCGUCUUCAACGUGGAGGUGGUGGCCACGUCCUCGGUUCACACGCAGGAUCCCAACCUGGACAAGUUCUUUGCGCUGUGCCACGCGCUAGACGAGCACCAGUUCCCUGUGCGUGUGGGCGACGUCCGCAUCACCGAGAGCAACCUGGAGGCGGAGUUGAAGGCGAGCGUGUGCAGCUUGAACGCCGCCGCGCUGGAGCCUCUCGUCCGCUUUCUCCACCAGGUCCUGGACAAGCUCAUCCUCCUUGCCGUGCGUCCACCUGUCAUCGCCGGCCAGAUGGUGAACCUGGGUCAGGCCGGCUUCGAGGCCAUGGCCAACAUCGUCAACAGACUUCACCGCAGCCUGGAGUUCAACCACGACCAGCACGGCCGCAACAGCCUCCUCGCUUCCUAUAUCCUCUACGUCUUCCAGCUGCCCAGCACGGAGACCUGCUCUUCGGGUCCCAGCUCCCCUGUGGGCGGCUCGCUGCACUACGCCACAGUGGCGCGCUCAGGCGUACGCCCCGCAAGCCUCAACCUGUCCCACUCACGCAGCAUCAGCAACAGCAACCCCGACCUGGCUGGCACACCUACUCCAUCCCCGGACGACGAAGUCAGGGCACUCACCGCCAACAGGGCUCCGGAGCGUGGCGGUAACCGCAUGUCUUCCUAUGCGGAAACAUCCACUUUCUUACAGGCCCUAUCGGGACGUGUGCCCACCAAAAAGCUGUUCCACGAGGAGCUGGCCAUCCAAUGGGUGGUGAGCAGUGGCAACGCUCGUGAGACCGCUCUCCAGCAGGCCUGGUUCUUCUUCGAGCUGAUGGUCAAGAGCAUGAGCCUGUACCUGUACUACGCCGACAAGCUCGACGCGCCGCGCAAGAACCGCUUCCCCGAGCAGUUCAUGGACGACGUGUCCGCCCUCGUCAUCAUGAUCACGGGCGACAUCGUCAGCCGCUUCCAGAAGGACAUCGAGCUGAUCGAGAGGCUGAACGUGAGCCUGGCCUUCUUCCUCAACGACCUCUUCUCCAUCAUGGACCGCGGCUUUGUCUUCAACCUCAUCAAGACCUACUUUAAGCAGGUCUCGUCAAAGAUCAACUCGCUGCCCACCCCCAACGUGCUGAUCUCGCUGAAGCUGGAGUUCCUGCGGAUCAUCUGCAGCCACGAGCACUACGUGACCCUCAACCUGCCGUGCAGCUCGCUCUCCCCGCCCUCCUCGCCCUCCCCCUCCGUCUCCUCCGCCACCUCCCAGAGUUCGGGCUUCUCCAGCGUGCAUGACCGCCGCAUCGCCAACAUGUUCGAGCUGUCCCCCGAGUUCCGCCAGCAACACUUCCUGGCCGGCCUGCUGCUCUCGGAACUGGCCAUCAUUCUCGACCCUGACGUGGAGAGCUUGUCCACGCUGCACAAGAAAGCCAUCAACACGGUGCACAACCUGCUGUCGUGCCACGACGCGGACUCACGAUUCUCGCACCCCGACGUCAAGGCCCACGUCGCUAUGCUGUACCUGCCGCUCAUCGGCAUCGUCAUGGAGACGCUCCCGCAGCUCUACGACUUCACGGAGAACCACUCGCAGCGACCGCGGGCGGGCGGCGCGUCCGAAGAGGGCGAGCAGGACUCGGGCGGCACCAUCAGCCAGUCGGUCGCCAUGGCGAUAGCCGGCAGCCCUGUGCCGCACUACACACGAGCCGGCUCACUGCACCUGCCCGCCGCGUCGGGACGGCAGUGCACGCCGCUGACGGCGGAGUCGAGCCGCAGCCUGCUGCUGUGCCUGCUCUGGGUGCUCAAGAGCGCCGACGAGGAGGCGCUGCACAAGUGGUUUGCCGAGCUCUCCGUGCCGCAGCUCAACCGCCUGCUGGACCUGCUCUACCUGGGCGUGUCCUGCUUUGAGUACAAGGGCAAGAGGAACUUUGAACGUCUGAACAGCGUGGUUUAUAAGAAGUCCCAAGACAUGAAGGCGCGGCUGGAGGAAGCCAUCCUAGGGAACAUCGGGGCCCGGCAGGAGAUGGUCCGGCGCAGCCGUGGUCAGCUCGAGCGCAGCUCCUCGGGAGGCCUGUUCGGCAGCCAGGAGAACCUGCGGUGGAGGAAGGACAUGACGCACUGGCGGCAGACGAGCGAGAAAACGGACAAAACCAAGGCGGAGCUGGAACACGAGUCCCUGGUGGAUGGGAACCUCUCGACGGAGACCAACAUGGUGGUGCUGGACUCGCUGGAGAUCGUCGUGCAGACGGUGUCCCUGUCGGAGACGAAGGACAGCGUGCUGGGCGGCGUGCUCAAGGUUCUGCUGCACUCCAUGGCCUGCAACCAGAGCUCAUCCUACUUGCAGCACUGCUUCGCCACGCAGAGGGCACUGGUCUCGCGGUUCCCGGAGCUGCUGUUUGAGGAGGAGACGGAGCAGUGCGCUGACCUGUGCCUGCGGCUGCUGCGACACUGCAGCAGCAGCAUUAACAACACGCGCUCGCACGCCAGCGCCUCGCUCUACCUGCUCAUGCGUCAGAACUUCGAGAUCGGAAACAACUUUGCCCGGGUAAAGAUGCAGGUGACCAUGUCGCUGUCCUCGCUCGUCGGGACGUCGCAGAACUUCAACGAGGAGUUCCUCCGCCGCUCGCUCAAGACCAUCCUCACCUACGCCGAGGAGGACUUCGAGCUGCAGGGCACCACGUUCCCCGAACAGGUGCAAGACCUGGUGUUCAACUUGCACAUGAUACUCUCUGACACCGUCAAGAUGAAGGAGCACCAGGAGGACCCGGAGAUGCUACUCGACCUCAUGUACAGGAUCGCCAAGGGCUACCAAACGUCGCCGGACCUACGGCUCACAUGGCUGCAGAACAUGGCCGGCAAACAUUCGGAGCGGGGCCAGCACGCGGAGGCGGCCCACUGCCUCGUGCACUCGGCCGCCCUGGUCUCCGAGUACCUUUCCAUGCUCGAGGACAGGAAGUACUUGCCCAUCGGCUGCGUCAGCUUCCAGAACAUUUCUUCAAACGUCCUGGAGGAGUCGGCCGUGUCGGAUGACGUGCUGUCGCCCGACGAGGAGGGGAUCUGCACGGGGAAGUACUUCACCGAGUCUGGCCUCGUCGGCUUGCUGGAGCAGGCAGCCGCCUCCUUCUCCAUGGCUGGCAUGUACGAAGCCGUGAACGAGGUUUACAAGAUCCUAAUCCCCGUCCACGAGGCGCAUCGCGACGCCAAGAAGCUGGCUACGAUCCACGGCAAGCUGCAGGACGCCUUCAGCAAGAUUGUCCACCAGAGCACCGGUUGGGAGGGCGGAAAGCGUAUGUUCGGGACGUACUUCCGCGUCGGUUUCUACGGCUCCAAAUUUGGAGAUCUCGACGAGCAGGAGUUCGUGUACAAGGAGCCGGCCAUCACCAAGCUGGCAGAAAUCUCCCACCGCCUCGAGGGGUUUUACUCUGAACGGUUUGGAGAAGAAAACAUGGAGGUGAUUAAAGACUCCAAUCCGGUGGACCGGAACAAGCUUGAUCCCAACAAGGCCUACAUCCAGAUCACGUACGUAGAGCCGUACUUCGACAUGUACGAGCUGAAGGACCGCAUCACGUACUUCGACAAGAACUACAACCUACGGCGAUUCCUGUUCGCUACGCCCUUCACGCUGGACGGGCGUGCGCACGGCGAUCUGCACGAGCAGUACAAGCGCAAGACGGUGCUUACCACCUCGCACGCCUUCCCCUACAUCAAGACGCGCAUCAACGUGGGACACAAGGAGGAAAUCAUCCUGACGCCCAUGGAGGUGGCCAUCGAGGACAUGCAGAAGAAGACGCAGGAGCUGGCGUUUGCCACGCACCAGGAGCCGCCCGACCACAAGAUGUUGCAGAUGGUUCUGCAGGGCUCCGUGGGUACCACCGUGAACCAGGGCCCCCUGGAGGUGGCUCAAGUGUUUCUCGCCGAAAUUCCCGACGAUCCCAAGCUGUACCGCCACCACAACAAGCUGAGGCUCUGCUUCAAGGACUUCACCAAGAGGUGCGCAGACGCGCUGCGUAAGAAUAAGGCGCUCAUCGGGCCCGACCAGAAGGAGUACCAGCGAGAACUGGAGCGAAACUACCACCGGCUGACGGAAGCGCUGCAGCCCAUGAUUAGCCAGAAGAUCGCGCAACUCUACAAGCCCCUCACGCCCACGCUGAGCAGGGAGUCUAUCAACCGCUCCAGCCUGCGGAGGGUGGAGGCGUGAGAACCCAGCUCGCCGGCCGGCAAAACUGCCAGCCCAGUAAACGUGCACACGUGCACACGUGCACACGUGCACAAACACACACACACAUUCACCCACCCACACAAACAUUCAGCCACCCACACGCAAGUACCAUAGCUUCUACCUACAACAAUCCCUCCUUACACCAACACACACACAAAUCGUCAACACACACAAUCCUACUCGUAUCACAUGCCAACCUACGCACACGCGGACACAUCCACACACUAGGCCAACUGCACGUCCACCCAUUCAUUUGAGUAAGUUUUAUAGAUGUGCCAGGCUGUGAGCGUUAAUGCUCGUCACACUCAAACGCACGCAUCUGGGGUAAUCCGAGCCCCGCAUCGACGACUGUGAUGAUGUGACACGACUGCAUACCGAGUCACCAUGAGCCAAACCCCGUUGUAAUCGAGGCCUCGGGCACACCGACCGGGGAGUGUUGCGUUCUCCUGGGCUGGCAAGUUAAGCAGAGGCCGUCAAGGAAGCGAGCGGAGUGCCACUUGCACGUCCACACGAUUUCGUCGCAAGCUUGGAAUCGCAUCGGUCGUUUUUCAAACCAAACUGUUUAACCGCGGUCUUGUUUACUCUGCGACUUUACACACUCGAUUAAUUUUGCACCUACGUUUUAUUUUAUCUUCUUUGUUAAACAGUGUUAGUGAAAACGAUUUAGCAUUUGUGGCAGAACACUAAUUUACAUGACUGCCUUAUAGUAGGCCACCUAAUUAUUGUAUGCACAUGAAUAUUAUAUUUCUUUAUCGCUUAAAUCACUUUUAAGUACCGUGUUUAGUCGAUUAACCUUUUUUAACUUUAUUUAAGACCUGGAAUUUCCUGCAUGAACUGUAACUUUGUAACACUUGACGGAGAUUGCGAUACAGCCGUAACACGCGUGGGCAGAGGCGAGCAGUGUUAUUUGAUUUCUAAAUUAUUAUUUUUUUAUUCGAGUUAAAAUUAUUUUAAAUGUCAUUUUAUUCGCUUGUUCAUAAUGACGGUUAACACGAUAGAUUUUGUUUUCCACUUGGGUCAUAGGUCACGUAAAAUAACACCUGGCAAAUACGACCAAAGUGAGAGCUAACGGUUCCAAAAAGUAAAAGCACUCGCGCAAAGUUUUAUUUAUUUGCUACCAAUACACGCCAAGGGGCAGGAGGAAAUACUCGAUUGGAAAUUUGCGGGGGAAAUGGCGGUUACAUGAUUAGUCUCGCACGCCGGUCAACUUCCUUUUGAUCUUCAAAAUAGUUUUCAAGAGCGUCCGUGUGUCAGCUAGAAGAAGUAAAUAGUGAAUAAACAGCGUGGGAUCGUUUUUACCGUCAUGCUUAAGAGACAUGGAGCGCGAUGUCGGUGGCAGGGCAAGUUGUGGGGGCUGUUGGGGGAUUGCCGACGAUUAGUUCCCCGUGGAACAGGAGGUGUGAUGAUGGCGGUGGGCAUUGGGGGACCUGGGUGAGAUGGGGAAUGGCAUUUGAGAAUCGAUCUUGAAGGGACUUGGAUAAGUUGACGGAGCUUGGGAAUUGAGUUAAAGUUGGAACAGUUGACGGAUUUUUAGUAAGUAAAUCUACAAACUUGAGUACUAAAUUAUAACUUGAGCGUGCAGACAGAGAUUUGUCCAUCUGGAAUAGACGCAUGCAGGGCUAUGAAGUGUCUAAGGCAUGUUGUGUUGAGAGCCACUGUGUAAGUUAGAAAGGGAGUUUCCAAUUAGUAUUUUUUUUAUAUAGAACCCAACGUGAAGAGCUGCUUCAGUAAUUUUGCUGUAUGAGAAUGUGCUACAUGCAAAUCAUUGACGUAUUAGCAUGCCAGUACUGUAUACUUUCUUUGAAAAUGUUUUUUUUAAUUAAACAUUCGAAUGUUUGUAUAUUUAAAUUUGAUGCCAGGUGGUCUAGUUUUAAUUCAGGCUGCACACCUCUACAGGCACCCCGGCUCCAGGGAUGCGUGCCAACACUAGCGUGCGCCCAGCAAGAAACACUAAGGGUCGUGUUUGAAUCGGAAAUGUCAUGUGCUGGUUGUUAUUAAAAAAUAAUAUUGUUUAAA